AUGGGCGUCCUCGAGACAGUUCGAGGUCGCGAUGAAGGCGGUGCCAUCGCCAGGACGAUAGUCGGAGACGAAUCGUAUCGAUCACAGGAGAAAUCAGGCCUCGAUGCCGGCCAAGAAGCGUCGCAAUCCGAUACCGAAUCACCACCCAACACCGGCGGCUUCCACACAGGCGAUGUGAACGACGAUGAAAAGGAGCUGGUACGUCACCCCGAUCAGGUCACAGAGGGGGCGGAGUUGGGUCAGCAGAAGGCUGAGGCGGCGGCUCUCGUCUGGAGCUGGUCGGCGUUGGUCGGCAUCUAUGCUUGGAUCUGGAUCUGCUUUUUCAUGUUGGCGUUCCACUCGGCGAUAAGCACCUACUUGAUUAACUAUGUUAUGGGAAGCUUCAAAUCCGCACCGCAGGUUUCAACAGCAUACAUCCUGGCGAAUAUCGUCGGUGGCAUUCUCAAGCUGCCGAUGGGUAAGACUCUAAAUCUGUGGGGUCGUGCCGAGGCUCUGGUCGUGUCAACGGGUAUCUAUCUUCUCGGCAUGAUUGUGUUAACCGCCUGCAAUGGCCCCAAUGGAUAUGCAGCGGGCUAUGUGCUUUACUGGAUUGGGUACUACUGCAUCUACCUGAUCCUGGAUAUCUUUAUUGCGGAUACCUCCGGUCUGAGGAACCGAGCUUUCGCUUUCGGCUUCAUCCAGACGCCUUUCAUCGUUACUGCGUUCACUGGUUCACUAGCGGCAAACUCGAUCUACCUCAAGUACGGAUGGCGGUGGGGAUAUGGUAUUUUCUGCAUUGUGAUGCCAUUCGUGUUCUUGCCUCUGGCUGUGGUGUUCAAGUUCUAUGAAAAGAAAGCAAGGAAGCAAGGCAUCUUCCGUCGCCAGCCCAGUGGGCGCACUACCAUACAGUCCGUCCUGCAUUACUUCCAUGAGUUUGAUGUCGUUGGUGCUUUCCUACUGAUGAUUUCCUGGGUCUUGUUCCUCCUGCCAUUCAGUCUGGCACAGUACGGACGCUCCCAGUAUUCAAGCGCGAGCUUCAUCGCUCUCAUCGUGAUUGGUUUCUGCAUGUUCUUUGUCUUCGCUGCAUGGGAGAAAUGGGGCGCACGAACACACUUCAUCCGCUAUGAGUUGAUCAAGCGACCAACAAUUCUCGGCGCAUGCCUUCUAUCCGCCGUGCUCUUUUUCAGCUUCGAACUCUGGGAUCAGUACUUCUACAACUUUAUCCUGAUGUCCUAUAAUAUCCCAGCAGUCCAAGCAGGAUAUAUGCUCCAGAUCUACAAUGUCGGCUCCUGCUUCUUCUCCCCCAUCAUCGGAGCUAUCAUCUGGGCGACUGCUCGUUUCAAGUACAUCUGCCUGUUCUUUGGUGCACCCCUCAUGAUCCUCGGAUCUGGUCUGAUGAUCUACUUCCGAGGCUCAGAGCACGGUAUCGGCUACGUCGUCAUGUGUCAGAUCUUUAUUGCCUUCGCCGGAGGUACCCUGGUGAUUGGCGAAGACAUGGCUGUCAUGGUGGCAGGUGGUCGUGAGGGCACCCCGAUGAUGCUGGCCAUGAUCGGACUAUUCUCCAACAUUGGCGGUGCGAUCGGUUUGGCCGUCGGUGCUGCCAUCUAUAACAACGUCUUUGUCGAGACUCUCGCUUCCCAAUUGCCUGACAACUUGAAGGGCAACGCCACUCAAAUCUACUUCGACGGUAUCGAUGUUCAGACAACCUACCCCUGGGGCUCAACCCUCCAUACUGCCGUUGCGUAUACAUGGGGCUAUGCCCAGCGCAUGAACUGUAUUGCAUCGACUUGCAUUCUGGUUCUAGCCUUCCCUUGCAUCAUGGUUUGGAAGAACUACAAUGUCAACGUGAAGCAAAACAAGGGUCGAAUGAUUUUUUAG